AUGUUUAAGAUAAAUGGAAACCAUUUAGCUUUUAUUGGUGUAACUGGAGCUGGAAUAGCAUUAGUAGCCUAUGUAUUAUUUGGUCCAUCGAAUAAACCAAAAUCUACAAGAAAAAGUGGUUUUUGUGGAUUACAAAAUUUAGGAACUACUUGCUAUUUAAAUACUUUAUUACAAUCGCUUGCAUCUUGUCCUAUGUUUGUCGAGUGGCUUGAUCAACAAUCUAAGUCUUCAACAGUGUCCUACACAUUGAAUAAAACACUUAAAUUUUUAACAGGAGCUAGGUACAAUGAUGAUGGUAUACUUUCUCCAAUAGAAUUAGUAACUGUAUUGACAAAAGUUGGAUUUCAUUUCAAACCAAACCUUCAAGCUGAUGUUCAUGAAUUGUUCAUUCAUUUAUUUUCUGUGAUUGAAGAUGAAGCAUACAAAACAAGUUGUAGUUUGGCUGAUUGUUUAGAAAGUAAUGGGAAUUUAAUAGAAAAAGGAAAUAUACAGAAUUCAAUGAAGAUUGUAAAUAAUAUCAGCAUUAAUGUAUAUAAUCCAUCCAAAGCUGAAGGAGAUUUAUUAGAAAAUACAGCUGUAAUAUCUAAUAAUAUUCUUAAUAUUUCUGGAAAUAUAGUCUUACAAGGUGAUAGGAAAUUGUUGGAUAAAAAUCAAAAUGUAAAACCAUCACCUUUUUUGGGUUAUUUGUCAAAUAAUAUAGAAUGUUCUUUAUGUCAUCACAAAUUAUCCUUAAAUUAUGAAAAAUUUUAUGUUAUAUCAUUGAGUUUACCUGAAUAUCCUCAACUGAAAAUUGAAUUAACAGAUAUUUUAGACCAGUAUAUAAAACAAGAGAAACUAGAAAAUCUGCCAUGUACAAACUGUGAUAAAAAUAAUACCAAAACUGAUGGAAAAUCAUAUAUAAAGAGUGUCAAAUUUGGAAAACUACCUUCAUGUUUAUGUCUACACUUAGUAAGAACUCAAUAUUCUAAAGACAGACCAUUAAAAAGAAAAGAUUUUGUGGAAUUUCCAGAAUAUUUAUACAUGGAUAAAUAUACCAGUGUUUAUGACCAAUUAAGCAAGCUUAGGCAAUCUAGAGAAAAGAGUUCUUCUGAACCAUUAGAAAGGUUAAGAGGAAAUAAGUAUACAUACAGGUUAAAAGCUGUCAUUGUCCAUGUUGGUGAGCAUAAUACUGGUCAUUUCAGUACUUACAGGAGAGGAACCACAACAGAUCAUUCUAGACACAGGUGCAGUGAAACAAGGUGGUAUUUCACUUCCGAUGCACACAUUGAAGAAGUUACAUUACAACACGUUCUACAAUCAGUUUUUUAUAUGUUGUUUUAUGAAAAAUGUGACACAUAA